AUGCCUCCUACGUCGCGAGCAAACAACGACAAACUGUCCAUCGAACUCCUCGACCCCAGCGUACCGUCUUUUCCAGGCAGUGUCAUUCGCGGGCACAUCGUACGAAAAGCUCCUUUGGACGCACCCUCAGCCACUGUUCGCGCACGCCUCCAAGGCCGCGCCAAAGCAAAAUUGGUCUCUGAUAACGGAAAUUCCAAGAGCACCUACCGCAGCCGCUUCCCAUUCUGGGACGAGUCCGACGUUUCUGACAUCGUACAUGAAGGCGCCAUCGACACAGGCGCCGAAGAAAGCCUGACCUGGCCAUUUUCGCUGAAGAUACCAACAGAUGUCAGCGAGAAGGCCGUGAACAGGGGGUUGAAAGACAAGGAAAAGAGAGACUACUUUAUCAAAGCGCCACUCAAGACCGAUGGCGCGGCGGAGAUUCCUGGACAACCGCUGCCGGGAACUUUUCACUACAGCAACAGCGGCUUCAGCAAGAAGUGGCACGGCUAUGUCGAGUUCUGGAUCGAAGCAACGAUCACCGUCAAGAGUACCAAAGAGAGGGUGGGAAAGACUUUCCAGGCGACACUGCCAAUCAGAGUCAACUCGAAGCCACCUCCUUGGCCGCCCAUUAGCGACUUUGAGUUGACCACGCGCAAGUGCCCAGGUUGCGUGAGCAGCCAUCGGUUGGUUCCAGGCAUGAAACAAGCAGAACUAUCUUUCAAGCAGAAGACUCGGAAAUUCUUUGGUUCGUCAAAGGUGCCAUCGCUCAAUUACGCGGUCGAGAUGAAGUGCCCGGCAGUCAUUCAGCUUGGCAAUCCUUCAACUAUUCCCUUCACACUAAGCGCCAUCCCCAACUGGGAGAAGACCUCCGAGGUGAUCGUAAACGUCCCACAAGUCAUGACGAUCAAGAGUGUCACGGUGGAAGUUGAGACAACAACAAGCAUUAUCUGUCCCGGUACACUCGACACGCAUUCGGCUGAUAAAUCGUGGAAGAUGUUGUUGGCGAAGACGAGCCAGGAUGUUAACCCGGUUGAUGGAAGUUUGACAUUGACGUGUGGGUCUAACGAGAAGCCUCUCGACUUGGGCGCUGUUCUUGGGGUGAAGCUGGAUGUCCUCGGCCGAGUGAUUGAUGCUCAUACCGGAAGGUUUGCCAGCCCGGCGGGUCUGAAGAUCGAGCCAUCGUGUCUGACAUACUGCAUGAAGGUGGAGCACAUGCUUCUGUGGGAGAUCAAGUUUGUGGUAGGAGGAGAAUCAUGGGGAUGUUCAGGGAAGCAAAAGCUUCGUGUACUUCCGCAGAGUCUCGGUCUCACCGUUGGUGACAAUGGGGAGAUUGUCCUGAAGGGGGAGAAUUCUAUGGCAGAGGACGCUCUGUCUUUCUUAGCGACUGGAGUUGACAUUGCUUCAUCAUCGUUAGACGCAUAUGGAGCCAUCUCAGACUUGAUCGAGUUGUUGGGUGGCUGA